UUAGAAAACAAAUAAAGACCAAUGGAUAAAAAUAAGACAUGAUAGGAUAUGAUAAAUUAUGAGAAAAAAAAAUUAGGGAAUAAAAUUAAGUGACUCAAUGUUGCCUUAAGAUCCAAAGGUAAAAUAAAUUAUAUAAAAUGGAAAAUAAUUUAUCUGAAAAUUACUCACGGCUGUGUGGAGAACUGUGUAAUUUACUUUAUUUGAAAAAUUACAACAAAGAGAAAAUUAAUCAACUUAUUGAUGAACUCAAUUCUAAACCGUUUAAAGCUGAGAUAUUUGUCAGAAAACAUGACGCCACAACAUUAGUGACAGCCCUUUGUGUAAAUAUAAAGCCAACGAAAGACUUUUUAGCAACAAAAGCAUCUCAUCUCAUGAAAAGCAUGAUAGUGAAACAAAACCUCCAAUUUAGUGCUGAUAAUUUAUCAAAUGUAGUUGCCUGGCACAUUGAGUGCUUGAAGCAUAUUUCUGAGAUAGUAGUACCAGAUAUUUUGCAUAAUUUACAGUGUAUUCUGCAAUACAAUCCGCAAGUGGGUCAGAAGUUUACAGAUGCCUUAAUUGGCAGUAGAGGUGUUUUAAUACACUUAGUACAUGAUGACAAAUAUCUCAGCACUCCAAACUCACUCCAAAUAUGUUUGGUUGCUUUUAAAUGCAUGAUGUGCUUAAUAUCGGCUUAUGAUGACAAAACGUUAGAGACUAGCCAUGGUCUUUCAUUGGAAGCCAAAGAGAAAAUGUCACAAAUAGCAAUGAAGUUUUUAAUGAAAGGUCAUAAUAAGAAAACUGAUGAAUUUUUGUACUGUAAGGCUGUUGUAUCAGCAUUAAGGAUACUGGCGCAGUUAUACUUCAGUGAUCAGAAUGUGGUAAUUCCAUUGCCAGAAAUAAUAGGGAUCUGUCAUUAUUUCGUUCUUUUUGGACUUGUAGAUCAAGGUAAUAAACCUGAGAAGAUUAUGCCUUCUCAGCAAACUGUAGCCAUGGCACCUGUACCACACAAACCACCAAGUAAGGGUGGGAAGAAACAAAAAAUAAGGAAACAGCGAAACAAUGCAAUAGAAAGCCUCAAGAAAGAGAUACCUACUUCUGAUAGAAGUUUAUUAAAAGAUGUUGACAAUUUCGAAAACAAUUCUGCCUACAAGCCAGCAAGUCAGAAUUACUUAGAGCCACAGAAAACUAAGCAUGCCUGGGUAUUGACCAGUGAUUCAGACAUAUCAGAUGUUGAGAACAGCAGGGAGGCAAAAUUAAUUGCUUUAAAAGCUAGAGUGAGACAGAGUGCUUCAAAUUUACUUUUAGUCCUAAUAAAAGUAAAAGAAAAGAAAGAAAUCUUUGGAUAUUGGUGGGCCUUGUUACCCGAUUCUCCUGAUCCUCUGAACUGGUCUUCAGGAGAUUCUGCUAAGAUGACCCUUGCUUUUUGCGCCGUAACUGAUCCUAUAGCCAGUAGCCGUUCCAGUGUUUUGAGUGUAAUACUAGCGUUGUUAUCUGGAUCUAGGAUUUACUUGUCUCAAGCUGAAACAAGCAAGAGAGAGACAACAUCAUUCAUACCGUUCUCGGUGUCGCUUGGUUACGUAAUUGUUUGCAUGCACAAAGUUCUUACCUCGAUCCUGGACACCGAAAGGAGUCACGCCGUGAUUAUUGUAGCUCUGAAGUGCUGUGCCGCUUUGGUUCAGGCCACGCCCUAUCAUAAGAUGAAGAAUGGUCUCAUAGGGGACUUAGUUAAAUCAACAAGGAAGUUUUUGGUUCAUCGAGAUAUAACCCUGCAGGUGGGUGCGCUGAUAACAAUGGGAUGCGUCCUCUCAGUCGAGCCAAAAGUAGAGGAGGUAUUAAAAUCCAUAGAAAAAGAUACGGCUUUUCAAAACAGUCCUCAAAAUCAGAUAACUAUAACUGAUGAUUUAGAAGAAUGCGGUGAUUUUGAAGAGGGAUAUUCUGAUGAUGAACCUUUCGAAGAUUUUAGUGUGACGAAGGAAAAGUCUACGUAUUUCAGAAGCUGGAUCUUAGAUAUCUGCUUCCAUAAAAUUGGAUGGUUGUUCAGGGGACCAGAAGUAAAGAGAUGUAAACCUGCAAAUAUACCAGUAAUACUAGAAUCUCUUCAAGUUCUCUCGGCAAUAGCAUUCCACCAUUUACAAGAGCUACUUCACCCUCAUAUGCUUUUACUUGGAGACGUCCUCUGUGAGAUGUUGCAGCACGAGCACCAAGACGUGGUUGUGCACGCAGCCAAGACGGUCAGCGUAAUUGGUGAUGCCGUCCAGAAAUUAGAGCAAACGGAUCAAGCUCCACCCUUGACCCACUGCGUGCAAAUGUGGGAGAAACUGAUAACUCCAUUAUCGAACGUGCUGCAAUCGAACGAGAAUUCCCCGGCGAAGGCGGUCGCUUGCGAUUGUAUAGCGAACAUCGGGGAGAAAUCCUUCAAGGAGUUGCCGAGACGUUUUCAACUGCUGUGCUGCGCUUUACUGGUGGGAUCGUGCAGCGACGAAGAGGCGUCGGUCCGAGCCGCGGCAGUACGCGCCUUGGCCAUGGCGGUUAUGUUCAAGACAUUAAGAGAGGACAUACACUUCGUAAGUGACUGUGGCGAGAACAUCCUCAGGGCGUUGGCGGAGCCGACUCUAGUGGUCAGAGCGAAGGCAGCUUGGGCUUUGGGUAAUCUGAGUGACGCUCUCGUGCUAAACUUGCACGAACCGGAUGCUGACGAAGUCGACGAUGACCUGCUGGUCCGGCUGCUCGAGGUCAGCAUACAUUGCGCCGUAGAUAAUGAUAAGGUCAAGCAGAGUGCGACACGUGCCCUUGGAAACCUCUUACGUUUGAUAAAGAGCGAUAAUUUACAUCGGAAUCCGCAACUAAAGACCUUAUGCGAAGUAGCAAUAGGGAAGCUAUUGGACUGCGCUUGCAAGGUCGCGAACAUGAAGGUCCGCUGGAAUGCUUGUUACGCGCUGGGGAAUGCAAUGAAGAACGAGAAUCUCUUCACCUGUUUUAAUGGAUGGCAGAGUGAGGUGUUCUCGAAUCUAUGUAAACUAACAAAAGAGUGCAAGAAUCUCAAGGUUCGUAUAAACGCGGCGGUCGCGUUACGGGCGCCGCGCUCGCGAAUAUCGUACGCGGCGAACUUCGCGCCGAUUUGGCGAGGCGUCAUGGCCGCCAUGGAGAACGCUGUGAACGUCGACGAUUUCACUGAGUACAAACACAAAGAUAACCUCGUUGAACAGCUCUGCGUGACACUAGCUCACUUAUGCUGCCAGCUCACGCCAUCGGACCUAACCGAUAUCUUAGAUCACCUGGUGUUUCACUACGACUGCGCUAAAGCAGUCUUCACGCAGGUCUUUCAGCGUUUACCGCCGGAGAACGCUUCGUGCCUCCGCAUACUGCAAGCCGCUAAAUAUGUCACCGUUGAUCUGGUCGCUUCGAAUGACGCGCAAUCGCAGUCGUUAAGUUUACUACAAGAUAUAUUUAUAUUCGAUUUUUGAUUUAAUCGAAAGUUUAUUUAUUUCUUACACUGUAAGGAAAGGUAGAUUGGAUUGGAUGACGCGCCUCGCUUUUAGGGAAACAGAUCGAACAAUAAUCUACAGUAAUAUC